AUUUUUGCCCAGUCCAGUUACCUGUUGCCCUUCUGAUUGUUAACAUCCAAAUACAAAUUUCUUCACAUUACUCGAAUUCAUCCUGAAAAAUAGGCAGAAAUCAGUUUCAAAUCUUCAAGGAAAAUGGAGCAAUUCGUAGAAAUGUUUCUGCUCGGACUUUGUAAUUUUUUUCUGGGACCAAUAAUUAUUAUGUCGGGAAUGCAGCCAGAACUUGACCGUUACCAAGUUAAGCUAGAAGAUAACAACGACAACCAGAACAUAUUAGUGGAAUAUUUCCCAGUUUUCUUUUCCCACAUCUGCAUGUUGCUCUGCUGCUCUAUUUCGGGAAUAUGUGCAAUUUUUGCAUCUACGCUGGACGAUGCCGAGUGGGUCAUCAGAUUGGCAAAGGUGGCAAAAUUCUUUUCCAAAACGUCAUUCUGGUUAGUUGCGUGGAUCAUAUUCCACAACUGGGAUCCGAUGGAGUGGAAGACCUUGGUAACGCUUCCGGAAAAAUGGGUAACGAUUGAGGUGUCCAUCCCGACAUGGUGUUAUUGUUUCUUGGGUCAAAAAUAUUUUGUGAGCCGAUAUACUGAAUUCAUUAAUGAGAAACAAAAUGAGGUAGAAGAUUAGGUCAAUUUGAAACAACGUGGGAAGAAAUCGGGUCAAAAAAUUUGAAGUAAAGCGUCAAAUAAAAAAGAGGAAUUGAUUUCUGGAGAAAUUUAAGUAUGUAUGUAUUUAAUUGUGACUCAGCAAGUACUUAUUAAUUUAAUUAUUUAAAUCCUAUGUGUUAUGUAAUUAUAUUAGUUUAAAGGCAAUUGAUAAGUAUUCCGUGAAAUUUAUUUAAAUUAUUAACUACGCAAAUAUUUUAUAUUUAAUGAUGGUUUAUAAAUCUAUAUUCGUGUAUUAAUUAAGCAUUUAUUUAAGUUAAUAAUGUAAUUUUUAAGCAUUGAUUAUGAUUCGCUGGUGUAAAGCCGAGUAAAAAACUUUUUAAAUA